AUGUGUUCUAAUAAAUGUUUUGAUCACUUUCAUCAGUCUAGUAUUUAUAAAGAUACACCAGGGAAAGACAAGCAUAAGGGACGCCACCAUGGAUUAAGCCAACAGAAGAAGCAAGAGAUUAAAGAAGCAUUUGAACUAUUCGACACUGAUGGAUCUGGUACCAUUGAUGCCAAAGAGCUUAAUGUUGCCAUGAGGGCACUAGGUUUCGAGAUGACAGAAGAGCAAAUCGAACAAAUGAUUGCAGGUGUAGAUAAAGAUGGAAGUGGAGCCAUUGAUUUUGAUGAAUUUGUGUAUAUGAUGACUGCCAAAAUUGGUGAAAGAGACACUAAAGAAGAGCUUACGAAAGCAUUCCAAAUCAUUGAUCAAGAUAACAACGGAAAGAUAUCUGCCCAAGACAUUGAACGCAUAGCAAACGAGCUUGGUGUAAACCUGACUAAAAAAGAGAUUCAAGACAUGAUUGAAGAAGCUGAUAAAGAUAAUGAUGGAGAGGUAAGUAUGGACGAGUUCAUGAGGAUGAUGAAGAGAACAACAUAUGGAUACUAG